AUGUCCCCUCAUGAACUUGAACAGACCAUCCACCAGCACAUGCAGUCCCCUCAAGCACAGGUCCCUGUGGACCCGCAGCUUCAGCUCUAUUACCCAUCCUAUAACCAGUAUGGACAGGGACAGCAACACCCGCAGCAACAUCCACUCUCAAAUCCCCCUCUUCCACCUCAACAACCUCCCAUGCAUCCUCAGAUGACUAUUCCAUCCCUUUCACCCCAGUCCUCUUCCUCACAAGGCGGUUCCGAGUAUUCUGGAACUCCCCCUGCCGAUCCGUUCGCAACUGUCAAUGGCAAAAGGCCAUCGUCAGCUGCGAACGAGAAUGUAAUGGGGAGCAGGAAGAAGUCCAAGUUGGACGACCGGGAAGAAGAUGAUCUAGCGAGCCCCACUGCAGAACUUGCGGAAGGAAAAGUGAAGGCGACGCGUGGGUCAAGAGCCUGUACAGUCUGUCGAAGACUCAAGAUGAAGUGCGUCGGCGCAGAACACGGACCUCCCUGUAAACGUUGUGAAGCUGGGAAUCAUCAAUGCAUUUUCGAAGAGUCAAACCGUGGAAAGCGCUCUUCCAAGAAACACGAACAACUUACUCGGUCACUGCGAAAGAUGGAGAAGACGCUUGAUACCGUCCUUCGAUCUAUUGGUAAUCCGGGGCUUUCUUCUAUUGCAUCCGGCAUGGUAUCUCGCUCGCCUUCGCCGUCUAAUCAAGCUAACAAGACGCAUGCUCUGCUCGAGACCCCCUCGCCGCCUCCUGCCCAGACCGUGCAUUCCCUUCAUCAUCACCCGGGCUCACCAAGGUUGCACUCCCUCCCCGACAAUGAGUUGAAUCCACUCGGCCUCCUGGCCGAGGCCAGUCUAGCAAAUCGCCGAGCGCAAUAUAAUUCUCAAAAUCACACCAAGUCGGAUGGCUCGCCAGCGAACAAGGGCCGAAAUGUUGGCGUAGCUAGUGACAUUUAUUUUAAACCAGGUCCUAUGACGAUACUUCCAUUGCGGCGGUUAUAUAUUGAGCGACAAAUCCAACCCGAGAUGCUUAGCUUCGUAUCGACAGACGAGGUCGUUGCAUUGUUUAAGAUCUUCUUUGAGAAAAUGAAUAUCCACAGCGGACUCUUGGAUCCUGCUUUCCACACCCCUUCGUUGGUUUGCUCCAGAUCACCCUUUUUGCUCACGACAAUUUGCGCGAUUUCUUCCAAAUUCUACGACGCACGUCCCGAACUGCAUCCGAAGCUUUCAAACCUAUCUCGAAAACUGGCAUUCAACGUACCCGAGAAAGGUUUCAAAUCUGUCGAAAUAGUUCAGGCAUAUCUCCUGCUGUCAUUGUGGGGCUGUGAUCCCGUUGAGCGGUUCGAACAAGAUAAGACCUGGUUGCUCCUAGGCAUGGCUAUCCGAAUGGCAGUGGACCUGAACUUACAUCGCAAGACGGCCACUUUAGGCCAGGAUACGGCCGAGGGACGGGCACGAGACAAAGAAGUGCACAACCGAGAAAGGACUUGGUUAGUUUGUUACAUCCUCGAUCGAAGUAUGAGUGCCCAGAUGGGGAAGCCCCAUUCAAUCAAAGAAGAUCACAUCAUACAGAACACUGGACUUUUCUGGACCAAGCCCAUCGCAGUGAAGGGUGAUGGGGGUAUUGCCGCGUAUACUGAACUACAACGCAUUUUGUCCCGGAGCCUUGAUCUUCUGUAUUCCAGCACGACGUCCGUGUCGGGGCUUGUGACACAUUGUGAUUUUUACUUGGUGACAAACACAAUUGAGGCACAGUUGCAAAGCUGGCUAGAGGAAUGGGUUACUAAACUUGUUGAUCCCACGGAUCCCGCUUCUCCAUAUCAAAUUUAUUGGGCAUCCAUCGGAAAAUUCUAUUACAAUUACAGCAUGCUUAUCAUCAACUCUUUUGGCUUGCAGAAUGCCCUCGAACGCUCCCCUGUUGACAUUGGACAUUUCUUCGCGCGUUGCCACUCAUCCGCCGUCGCCUGUGUGACUGUUGUGCGUGAUGAGCUUGGCCCCCAAGGAUUCUUACGGUAUUCUCCGGACUCCCAUUUCGUACAAUGCUCCUAUGCUGUCCUUAGUCUGUUGAAGUUUACUCGGCCAGCUUUCCGACGUUUCCUCGUCGAUGAAAAGAAGACAUUGUCACUCAUCCAGGAAAUUGCUGAUAUUUUGGAACGGAUUGCGGCUGGUCCUCUCCAUACUCCUGCUCUAUACAGCACAUUCUUAAAAGCGCUCGUUUCCGCACAACCCCCGACGCAAGAUUCCGAUCUGAACUAUCAAAGACCGGAACAGUCCAGUGAAGAUGGUCAUGAUGGCAAUGCGUCAGGAGAGGGCACUCAAAAUGGCACCGAUGCCAAUCUGGGCUUCCUUGGUUCCAUCUACGAGGGUGCUACGACACCGGGUGUAUUCCAGUCGAAUAGUGAAAUGGGGCCUGUCGCUGACAUGUCGACUUUCCCUCCAACUAUGGCGCCGAGCAAUUCUCAGGAUGAUGCGUCGGGAAUGCUCUCGAUGGACAGUAUAUUAAGUACCGGAUUUUGGGACAGCGUGCUUGUACCAGGCUUCUCAAAUACUUUAGAGGGUCUUAGCGGUGGUUUCGUUUAUGGUGCUGGAGGAAGCGGCCUCAUUACUCCGAGGCUGGGUUCACCGCAGCACUCUGGGACAAACAGUCCCGUGACGGGUCAUCGCAUGACACCGUUAUCAGAAAGUAACUUCAACGCUGCAUUUGAAGGGCGUCCAGGAGAAGGGGGGAAGCAGGACUCGUGA